AUGUCGUUGCGACGGAAGUCUUGUGAUGCCUGUUUCAGAAGCCGUCGGAAGUGUGAUUUUGGCCGUCCCGCUUGUGGAACGUGCCGGCGGACCAAGAAGCGCUGCCGUUAUGCGUAUGCAUCGAGCGUGAACCCAUCCGACGCAACGGCAACGUCGGACUUAUCAACAUGGUCCGACGAUUUCAUUACUGCUGGCUGUUCACCUGCGGCCUCUGAUAUAUCAUUUACAACGUUCCUGGAUAUGAUGAGUAGUACGAUGCCUCAGGCGUCUUUCGAAGCUGGCAGAGCCUCUACUUUUCAUUCCGAUCAGUACGAGACAUUCUGUGGAACUAGGGCCUCACAUUCCCCAAGCCAAUCUAUUCUGCUGGGUAUGUCAACAACUCAGCUGGACCUUCAUCUGGUCGGCCCCCUCGGUGAGGUUCAACCUAUAGAAGGAAGCAAUGAGAGCUGGCAAUGGGUGUUGAGCCAACUAAAAACCUAUCCAUAUGAGUUUUCUCAGCAAGCACAGACAUUGUUCAUCCAUCCGCAGCUGUAUCAAAAGUCAAUGCCACAGCCGAUUAGAGCAGCUUUCGGAAUGUGUUCGGCUUGCAGUCUCAUCAAUGAUAGCAAUCGCGCGACAUUGUUCAAGAUCAUGGAUGCAGAGGUUGUUGAAAUUCUUAACAAUCCCGAGGGAGACGCGGUGCUAUUCAAUGAGCUUGCUCGACUCCAGGCGUUACUUCUGUACCAAAUGAUGCGGCUAUUCCAUGGUGGCCUUGAACAUCGAGUUCUCGCUGAGCAGCAGCAAGUCAUCAUUCUGGGGCUAGCAUUGAAGCUUCUUACACGCUCUCGAGCCGAGCUUGAUGAGUCCGAAGGGUGGGAUUCGUGGAUCUUGGCAGAAUGUAUCCGUCGCACGGCGCUGAUUGUCUACAUGGUCUAUGGAGUCAAUUCUAUAUUCCGGCAUGGAAUCUGCACCGAGAUUCACACGAUAGCCAAGCUGCCUCUGUCGACUGCGCCCACCUGCUGGAACUCGGAAACUGACUAUCACAACCAGUCAGAACCACAGCGCACAAUGACGUAUGAGUCGGUACGGCGGAUAGAGAAGGCCCUCUCGCUCUUCACUUCACACGGAGAAAACAUCCUCGAGACCAGUACAGAUUACCCCGCUCACGAGGUCAACUUUGAGCAGUCCAUCGUGGCACCAGCAGCCAUCUUCCUCCAGGACUUGGCAGGUGUCACUGGCGAGGACCGCUGGCUCGAGACAGCAAAGGAGCACUUCGAUCUCCUCCUCCUCUUUGGCGGACAACAGCCCGACUACCACCUGCAGGAUGUCGCCAUCCGCCACUGGGACGGCUACUGGUUCGGCAAGGACCGCAUGUGGGGAGACGUCUUCCCGCACUAUUGGAGCACGCUGACGGCCAUUGCCAUGCACCACUACACGAAGCUCACCGAGGACAGAUCGGCCGGGCACUACAAGGAUCCGUACGCCAACGACUUGGACUGGGCUCUCAAUCACUAUCUUCUUCUCACAGAUUCACUCUGA